UGGAUUUCUCAAAUACAAAAUUUGAUAGGCCAAGGACCCAGCGAGAUAACUCUGUCUAAAAGUUCGUUAGGAACAAACUGCCGAGCUCUAGGUAUGGAGAAUGGCUACAUACUUGACUCUCAAAUCACUGCUUCGUCUGAACUCAACUCCGUCCACGCAGCACACUAUGGACGGCUUAACUUCCCUGAGGGUGGUGGAAUUUGUGGUUGCUGGGUUGCGCUUCACAAGGACCCACACCAGUGGUAUCAGGUGGACUUUGUCAGGAUGGUUUCUUUAGGGAAAUUGGCGACUCAAGGACGGGACAGCACACGGUACCUCAUGUGGGUGACGAGCUAUUCCUUAUCCUAUAGUCUGAAUGGUAUCGACUUUGCUUUGUACGAACCGGAUGGUUCACCCAGGGUAUUCAAUGCCAACGUGGACUACAAUACAACUGUUUACCACACAAUCAAUCCAAUCAUAUUCACGCGCUACAUCCGGGUACUGCCAAAGACUUGGCACCAUUAUGUAUCCAUGAGAGUGGAGUUUUACGAAUGUGAUGGCCAUGAUGUUUUCGACAUUGAAGACCUUUUCGUCGCUUCCUCAUACCUGUGGACGUUUGAUGAUGUUAAUGACAUCAAAAACGUUCGAGGCGCCACGUGGAUGAAACGGAGCAACUCGAUACAGUCUGUACCCGGCGUGCGAGGCCGCGCGGUUAAAACUGCAGGAGAACCUGGAUACAUUAAAAUAUCACCUGACCAUCAUUACCUAUUAGCUACUCCUUAUUACAGCUACGAGGUCACCAUAGCACUGUGGCUCUUCUAUGAAAGCCUGGGGCCACAGGUGAACCAAACUUUCCUGGCCGCCGGUGAUCAAGCAAAUGGAGACCGAGGAAUCCAUUUAUAUCAAGCAGAUGGAAGCAGCGAGGAGCUGACGUUUGAAACAAAGUCUGCCCAAAAACUUUGCGCGACGAAAUUUCGAGUUUCGCAGCGGAUUUGGACACAUUUAGUCAUAAUGUGGACAACAAAUCUCCCAGAUACUCUUUACCGUAACGGAGUAUUUGUCACUGAUUUGUCAAACAAAUGUCAUUCGGGAAAUUUUGCUAAUAUCGCAUCUAAUAGUGAAAUAACAAUAGGAUCCAUUGCGCUUCCGAAAGCCUCUUUUGACGAAUUGAUAGUAUGGACAAAAACGCUAUCGAAAACAUUAGUUGAGAAACUCUACAGGUACUACAUAGGUGCGGCAAAUCUUCACGUUAAUGUGAGCCUCAAAUUAACAGAUGAAAGUUAUCAUCGCGAAUUGUCCCAAAAGGAGUCACAAAUGUUUCAAGACUUAUCGUCUUCGCUUACAAGUCAGCUAUUUAGUCUCUAUACAACAGAUCAAGUUAUAAAAGUGGACAAUUUUGCGUUCUGGAAUAUGACAGUCUUGGCUGCUAACUUUACUGUGCGUUUCAAAGGCACUGGGUAUAGGGAAGUAAAACCACUGGAGCAAAGUAUUGUGACAAGACACGUGUUGGGUAACAUCACAGUUCAACCUGUUGCCAUGGAAGCCAAUAGCAUUUACAUGAAGCCACUUAAAGUCACGCCAAACUGCAUCAACUCAAGUGCAGUCUCUUUGUCCUGGAAUGAACCAGAACAGUUGAGCCACGGAGUUUUUCGUGGUGUGGAGAUUUUAUACCGCUUGGGUGAUUCAUCGCAGAGGUUCGUAGUCAUGACUUCAUCCGGGAUACUUGAGUACCACCUGACAAAUCUACUGCCUUACAGAGUGUACGCCAUUAGUGCCAGACCCCUCACUUUUCAAGGUGAAGGAAAGGAAAGUGAGGAAGUGUUUUUGAGGACUGGAGAAAGUGUUCCAACGUCAUCUCCUUUAAACGUCAGAGGUUUCCUCGAUGGUUCAGAGAGAAUCAACGUUACUUGGCAACCAGUCCCGCUGGAACAUCGCAAUGGUAAAAUUAUAGGCUACCGCGUCGUGUACGGAACCCAAGGUGGAUUGCAACAAAAUGUGACGGUAAACGUUACCACCUUGUCGGUGGUACUAGGAAACCUACACACAUAUACUCUAUACGACAUCCAUGUUGCAGCGUUUACAGUCAUAGGAGGCGGACCACUAAGUGACGCAAUUACCGUCAGGUCACAAGAAGGAGGGUCACGUGAGUUUGUUUUUAGCUCCUAUUGGCUUAUAUUAUCAUCAAUAGUUUCCUUCUGGUUUUUGCUUGCAGGUUGUCGCGCUCUUGGAAUGGAAAACUACGAUAUUUCUGACGCUCAGAUAACUGCAUCAUCUCAGUUUGAUGUACAACAUGCCGCACGCAACGCUCGAUUGAAUUUUAACCCGCGAACUAGUCCCCUGGCAGGAGCGUGGUGCGUUCCUAUGAACGCAAGACACCACCAAUGGCUUCAAGUCGAUUUUGAAGAAAAUGUUAUGGUGACUCAAAUGGCUACUCAAGGUAGAUUUUAUGAUGGCAUUACGGAGAGGAACAAAUUCCAGCAAUGGGUGAAAACUCUCUCGUUGAAUUACAGCCGUGAUGGUGUCCUCUUUAAAGCUUAUGAACAGCUCGGGAAAGUUAAGAUAUUUCAGGGGAAUUGGGACAGCAACACGGUGGUUUACAAUGUCAUCACGCCAGCGAUCUACACACGCUAUAUUCGAAUUCUGCCAAAAUCGUGGGAACAUCAUAUAUGUUUGAGAGCAGAGUUCUACACCUGUCAAAAUGACGUCAUUAUCGAACGCGUCAACCUAACGUCCUCUGUUCCAAGCUCAACCGGUGUCGGGCUUCACUGGACACCACCAGACACGGUGAAGUUGGGAGAACCGCUGUCCGGAUACCGAGUGGAAAUUUUUGAUCUGCUAAGAGGGAAGCGUUUUAGCUACACGGUGAACUCGUCCAUGUCGGGUGCAAACCUGGACAUUUUGAAACCGUAUACGCCAUACGAGUUUAAAGUUUAUGGCUUCACAAGCUCAUGGGAAGGAAAUAUUACUAAUAUCAUCAGCUUGAAAACAAAAGAAGACGCUCCCAGUCAACCUCCGAGAAACCUCACUCUCAAACACACCACUAACUCAGAACUAACCUUCCAGCUGAAACCAGUGGACGCGUACCAUAUCAAUGGUGUACUCCGGGGCUACAAAGUCACCUACGGUGAAAGCAAAUUUCCAAAUGACACGUGGAAGACCUUUGUUAUCAACGCUACUCACCGCAGGCGCAGGAAAAGAAGCGCUGACAACGAGACAUUAAGCUUCAGUCUUCACAAUUUAAAGAAAUACACCACGUAUACGAUCACGGUGUUGGCAUUUACUGUCAAAGAUGGCGUUCCUACUUUGGCGACGAACUUUACCACAGCAGAAGAUGUACCAGAUCAUCCCCCGACAAAUUUGACCGCGUUAACCACUAGUUCCACAAGUAUAAACGUCACUUGGCAGCCUAUACCUCCCGAUCAUGCGCACGGGAUAAUCCUGACGUAUCACGUUAAAUACUGGAGACGUGAUAAACCAGACGAUAGCGCUUUGAUAGCAACAAUAAACAGUGAAGAGCUCCAGGUGGAACUGAAAGGAUUAGGAAAGUACAAAGAAUAUUGCAUAAAAGUCGCUGGAUCGACGGUGGCUGGUUUUGGGAAUUACUCGGAACCUGUUUUUGUCCGUACUAGACAAGAUGUCCCGGAUGAGCCGCCUGUCAACGUCAUAGCCAAAGGAACCAAACCAACAGUUAUACAAUUUCAGUGGUCCCCAGUCCCUGAUGAGGCCAUCAACGGAAUCGGAAUUGGUUACAAGCUCGCUUUAUUUAAUACUACUCGGGAUAAUAUUAGGAAUUACACUGUAAAUAUCUCGGUCCUGUCGCUGGAAAUCACCGGGUUGGAAAUAUGGACGAGUUAUAGAAUCAAGAUGGUGGCUUUCACUGUCGUUGGGGAGGGUCCUUGGAGUGACUUCAUUAGUGGAAAAACGGACGAGGAAGCUCCGUUUAAAUCUCCAGCCAAUUUGACGGGACAAGUAAAAAACUCGACAUCAAUCAUUGUUGAGUGGAGUUCACUUGUUCUACCCAAUCUUCGGGGAAUUCUCCGAGGUUACACGGUUUAUUACGUAGAGGCACCGACUUCCGUUCAUCCGAGCUUGUUGAAAAAUGUAUCAGUUGACAUUUCUAUAACUGAAGUUGAACUUACCGGCUUAUAUAAGUUUACUGAGUACCAUAUUUGGGUAACAUCGUUUACGACCAGGGAGGGGUUGCCGAGCAAGCCCAUAACUCUGACGACACAAGAAGACAGUCCGGAUCGGCCCCCAUUAUACGUCACAUACUCUGCUCCAAGCUCCACCAGUCUGUUUGUUGAAUGGGGCUCAAUCCCUCCUCGGUUUGAAAAUGGCAUCAUAAGGGGAUUCAAAGUUCACUUCCAUGAAAUUCCAUUCAAUGGGACGGUGGAGGAGAUGGUGGUAGAGCCUCUUCUUCGCUGGAUUAUUCUUGAUAAUUUAAAGAAAUUCACUGCCUACUCCAUCCAAGUACACGCCUUUACUACUGAAGGAUAUGGUCCUGGGAAUAGUCUCACUGCUCUCACAAGGCAAGAUGCUCCUACCAGACCCCCGGCGAGUAUCACCACCACGAAUCACGUCUCUUUGACAACCAUCCCAGUUUCCUGGCAACCAAUCGAUCCCGAGUGUAUUAAUGGAAUUUUAAUCGGGUAUAAGAUAAGGUAUCAGGCUGUCGCGGUUGGUGAGGAGUCAGUUGAAAAUGAGCCAAUUAGAGAGCAGAUAGUCCAUACGUCCACCCUAUCUCUAAUGCUGAAAAAUCUUGAAGUAUUUACUUUGUAUCGUAUUGAUGUGUUGGGAUUUACAAACAUGGGAGAUGGUCCAUCGGCAACGGAUUAUGCAGAGACUUGUCGUUGUCAUAAACGCCUCACAACGAGUUGGUACGAAUUUCGUCCUUAUGUUCGGUUGUCAGAUGAAAAUGUUUUGGGUGGACUUAUUCCACCAAUCCUCGACAAGCUAGCGUUCACGUGCUGUGAAACCUGUCAAUCGCAUGGGAAAUCGUAAGUG